CCUUAAAAUAAGAUUUGCCGAAUGACUAAGUUGUAGGCGUCAAUUUUCAUAGGAACAUGCGUUCUUCACUUUCUUUUCCAUGUCAAUCAAGCAAUAAUAGUUUUUUUACCUUCUUUUUUUUGAUUGAUUCUUUUUUUGUACUUUCAAUUUAAUUUCGUUAUUUCGUAAUCAUUUUUCCAUUUUCCUAUUUUCUCAUUAGAAGGGUUUCUCUUUCAGUAAAAGCUUCGUCUGUAUCCGCGAACUUGCAGAGAAACGCUAGUAGCUUCUCUUAUACAUUGGACUAACAUAUUGAAAGAAGAAAACGUUGUUUGCCGCCAAGGUUUGAUAUUGCUCUUGAAAUCAGUCAUCUGGCUGUUUGGCAGCUGUUGAAUCAACCGGAUGUACUUUUUCCUUAGAAGCUUGAACGUGAAAGGAAGUUAUGCUGGUAUAUGGAAGCGAUGGUCUUCUUCUUUAGGUAGUGAUUUUGUGGCAUAUCCUUCGACAGAAACGACGAAACUGCCUCUGUCCGAUGGUUCACCCAGACAACAGAAGCGAAUGGUCUACUGUAUUGUCAGCUAUCGGGGUACUGGGUAUGCGGGACUUCAAUAUAACGAUGCAGCGAAAACAAUACAAGGGGAGAUCUUUCGUGCGUUCUGUAACGUUGGUGCUAUUUCCCCUUUCAAUGCAGAUAAUCCCAGAAAGGUCCGUGUUCGAUCCGCCGCACGAACAGACAAGGGUGUGCAUGCAAUUGUAAACGUUUUGGGCCUAAAGCUUUUGGAUCAUGCUGGCUCUUUCCAGCCUUGGGUCUCGCUUGUCAACGAGCAACUGCCAGAGUCUAUCCGUGUAUGGAAAAUAGAAAGAACAUUAAACUCAUUUUCUCCUCAUAAGGCGUGUCAUAGUCGUCUUUAUGAGUAUUGGGUACCUGCUUUCGCUCUCGCGACUCCAUCUCCUUCUUCUCUGGAUUCACUCCUGUUUACAAAGCAUUUUCAACUACCUCAUACUUCACACAGAAGCAUCUUGGAAACGAUACAAAAAAUUCACUCUGAAGAAAACUCUGGAUCAUCUCCUUUCCGGAUUUCUUCCUCGAAACUGGAAUGUUUGAAAGAGGCAUGUUCUUUAUUUCAAGGAACGCAUUCUUUCCAUAAUUAUACUACAGAAAAAAAGUUUGGAGAUCCAAGUGCACGGCGUUAUAUGCUUCAUGUCGGUAUUGAUGCUAUCCAUUUUGAUAAGUAUAAUCGUCAAUGGUUGAAGCUUACGUUUCACGGUCAAUCUUUUAUGAAACAUCAAAUUCGAAAGAUGAUUUCUGUUCUUAUUUAUUUGGUACGCUCUUAUCCGUUUUCAAAUGCCUCUCAUGUCAUCCCAGCAACAUUCCAAAAUCAUAUUCGUCUUCAUAUUCCCAAAGCCCCCCCUGAGACUCUCCUUCUAGCAGAGCCCAUUUUUCGUUCUUUUCAGAAUCGCUGCGAAAAAUUUGACUACGAACCUUUAGAAUGGUCUUCUUUUGAGGAUAAUAUGGCUCACUUUGCGAAUCAUUAUCUUCGAACACCAAUGCUAGAGAACUUUGUGUUUACAGAUGCAUAUACAAAAUUUUUCAUGUUGCAAAAGCAAGAUCGCUUACUUCAUGAAUUUACUUCGGCCAUGCAGACGCCAUCAAAUGAAAGCUACCAGUAAUCAUUUUUUGAUUCUACAUAAAAAAAAAUUGUUUUAGGUUUUGUUUACUUUCACUCACUGCAUAGCUAACCUGUCUAGAAUACCGUCAUGAUAGCACAAUCAAUUUUUUCCUUCUUUUGAUCCUUUUUUAUCCUUUGUACCUUGCGUUGUAGUCACCCGUAAAACCUUGGUGGGCUCGUAACUAGACGCUUGGGCCAGCCAACUAGCCGAAGGAGCUGAUAUCCCGUUUAAUAAAGGAUUCACCUGUGACAGUAUGAAAGAGUCAUUCUUUAUAUUUUGUUAGUAUAGCUUCUAUAUGGGAAUAGAUGGAGUAGAAGAAUACAUACACUUAUUGCAAUGGCACUAGCACGGCUAAGUCCAAGCUUUUUCGAAAUUCCAACCUGUGCUUCAGCACCCAGGCAUACCAAUAAACAUUUCCCUUCGUUUUUCGAAUAGAAAUUUGCAUUAGCGAUUAACUGUGGGUAAUGUGCAACAAGUAUGGAUUCAGGGCUUUGUAGCACAAAAACUACUCGAGGUAAUGAAUCUUGAUCAGGAUUUUGACAGCAUCUUUCUAAUAGCAUAUUGACCUCGUUCAAACCAAUCGUCAAACCAUGUUUUCUGUAAUCUUCCUUAGCCGUAGGCAGAGAUUGGAUUAACGCCUGGGUUAAUUUUUCUUGUAUUGAGACAUCUAUAUUUACCCUUUGAGAGCAUUAGCAACGUCACCCCAAGGACAUUCUUUCUUACCAUGGCACAUUUAACGGAUUCUCCAAAAUAAGCUUUACUUUAUUUUGCUGUUUUUUCAUUCUACUUCUUCAUAAUCUCUUAGCAUAGAAGUCUGUCAGAAAACUCUUGUUUUCUUGUCUAUUGUUUUUCAAGCAGUUCAGCAUGCCUUGGUACCUUCUUUAGUGAUAUGUAAGAAAACGCACUAAACCGUAAACAAAUCUAGGUAUGUAGAAGUUUAAGAAAUGAAUUAGAAUAAAAGACAAUUAUGUAAGGUGCAAUAUAUUGUUUUCUUAAACGAUUAAUUCCAGCCGUGUUAAGAAAACUCCUUGGUUUGAAAGAAACCCAAGAGUUAGGAUCACGAGAUGAAGAAUGCG